ACCAUGCUGAACGUGCUGCUGCUGUGCUGCGGGCUGCUGCAGGGGAUCCAGGCCAUCCUCACCGCCGACCUCAGCUGCGGCCACCUGCAGAAGGCGAGCGGCGGGCUGGAGGGGGCGGACAGAGCCCGCUACUCCAGCCUGCUACGGAAAGUCAAGGAGGUGUCUGCGGAGCCGGCGGGACCUCUCCCCAGGCUGGGGCUUGAGCAGAUGGCCCUGGAGGUCCCAGAAGCCGACGGUGACCUCGCGCAGAGAGGUGGUGCACUGGAACCGCAGGCAUCGUCCACAGAACUGCAAGCUGCGGGCCGCGAAGAGCGCUCCCCCCGCCGCUGCGUCCGCCUCCUGGAAUCCUGCCUUGGGCAUCAGGUCCCCUGCUGCGACCCCUGCGCCACCUGCUACUGCCGCUUCUUCAACGCUUUUUGCUACUGCAGGAAAAUCAGCAGCAGUUUCCCCUGCGGCAAGAACUAG